UCAACCAUCACACCAUCUCUCUGCGGGGAGGCGGAGAUGCUCUCCACCAUCGCGAACGUUGACGUGACGCAGAAAGAUGCUGAGAAAGCGCUGGUGGUGGCUAUCUCGUGCUCGGCCGUGUUGGAGGACGCAGAUGACGGCGACGGGUACGCUGUGGGCGCAGCUUUCGCGCUGCUGCAGGCGCUGAAGAGCGUGAACCGGCAGCUCGUGGCAGCCAAUCCUGACGAGUCGUUGCUUUUUGACGUGCUUCUCGUCACCACCGACGAACGGCGGAGGCGGCAGAGCGCUCGCAUAGUCAGCAGCACCAAACGUUACGGUCUGGAAGUGAGCCGCUUCUGCUUUUCGGGCCAGGAGGACUUUGUGGCAUGUUUAGUGGAAAAUCAAGCCCAGCUCUUCCUGUCCACGGAGCCCGAGGAAGUGGCGCUGGCCUCGCAGAGAGGCGUUCUGUCGGCGUUGUUGGGCCAUCAGACUUGGUCCAGCCCAUCGGAGCAACUCAGAGUUUUGCUGUGCGGUGACGACGUCGCCGCCGCCACGUUCACGCCAGCGACACAGCGCUUCUGGUCGCAGCUGGGUGCCCUGCGCGGGCGUUUCGGUGUGCUGGACAGUCCCGUCAGCGUUUUGGUGAUGACGGCGCACGGCGGGCGCCAAGCCUUCGGCGGCAUCCUGGCGGGACUCCGCUCCCGUGGCCUGAAGGCCGACGAGGCCCACUGCCUGGCCGGCGCCCCCCGCGGACCCAUCCUGGAAGUGCUCAGGCCGCACUUCCUGCUUGGUGAUUUGGCGCGGUUGCCAUGACGCCGCAGUGGCUUCAAAGGCCACGUUUGUGAACGUGCCCACGCUUGCACGAAUGCUCGGCUGCGGAUUGCCUCCAAUGAAAAGCGGCGUGCUACUGGUGCUCUGCUGUAAUCAAGUCCAAAGAAUUGGACUACUUUGUCACAAAAACCCCCAAAUGUGUGGAAAAUAAAAAAACUUUGAUUGAG